AUGGCCGACUUCAUUCAGGCCCUCGACCCGUCGAAGCUCGUUCUCCUUGGCACGGUCCUCUCGUUCACGACGAGCGCGUUCGUCGCGCCGGUGUACAACCUGCCCAUCUUCCUCUUCGGCCACAUCGCGCAGGAGAGCUCAGAAGCGAUCCAGUCCCUGCAGCUCUUCACCGGACUCGUCGCCGCGUCGGGCAUCUACGACAUCGUCUGGCUCGCUCGCAACGAACAGCACUGGCUCAUGCGCAUCGUUACCAUCCUGAUCCUGAUACUCAAGGUCCCCACCGCCUUCGCCUUCGCGUCCUCUCUGCGUCAACGUGGCGCGCAGUUCUCUGGUCUCGGUGUUCGCGGCAACGAUCUGUCGGGUGCCACAGGUGAAGGUCCCUACCUCUCCUAUUCUAGCAUCAACUAA